AUGGUGCAGCUCGGGCUGGACGCGGUGCUGGCGGGCACGCCCAGCACAAUUUCGAAGACUAAGGUAGUAUGCACGCUCGGGCCGGCCUCUCGCUCGGUGGAGGUCAUCGAGGAGCUGCUCAGGGCGGGAAUGAACGUGGCACGCUUCAACUUUAGCCACGGCUCUCACGAGUACCACCAGGAGACACUCAAUGCGCUGCGCAAGGCGAUGGAGAACACGAAGAUCAUGUGUGCCGUCAUGCUCGACACCAAGGGUCCCGAGAUCCGCACCGGCAUGCUGGAGGGCGGCAAGCCCGUGCAGCUCACGGCCGGCCAGGAGGUCACCCUGACGGCCGACUACUCCAUCCAGGGCACCAAGGACGUCAUCGCCAUGAGCUAUGCCAAGCUGGCUGUUGACCUGAAGCCCGGGGCGCUGGUGCUGUGCGCUGACGGGUCCAUCGUGAUGGAGGUUAUCAGCUGCGACGCCAAGGCCGGCAAGGUCAAGGCGCGCUGCAAGAACACGGCCGUCCUGGGUGAGCGCAAGAACGUGAACCUGCCUGGUGUCGUGGUGGACCUGCCCACCCUCACGGAGAAGGACAUCGACGACCUGGUCAACUGGGGCAUCCCCAACGAGAUUGACGUCAUCGCGGCCUCCUUUGUGCGCAAGGGCAGCGACCUGGACUUCAUCAGGGAGGUGCUGGGGGAGAAGGGCAGGUACAUCAAGAUCAUCAGCAAGGUGGAGAACCAGGAGGGCCUCCUCAACUUUGACGCCAUCCUGGACCGCACCGACGCCGUCAUGGUGGCGCGCGGGGACCUGGGCAUGGAGAUCCCCACGGAGAAGAUCUUCCUGGCGCAGAAGAUGAUGAUCCAGAAGUGCAACUUCGCGGGCAAGCCCGUGAUCACGGCCACCCAGAUGCUUGAGUCCAUGAUCAAGAACCCGCGCCCCACGCGCGCAGAGGCCACCGACGUGGCCAACGCAGUGCUGGACGGCACGGACUGCGUCAUGCUCAGCGGGGAGACCGCGGCGGGCAGCUUCCCGGUGGAGGCCGUCAAGGUGAUGACGCGCAUCUGCCGCGAGGCGGAGGCGUCCCUGGAUUACUACGCCAUGUUCAAGAACAUCCUCAAGCAGGCCCCCCUGCCCAUGAGCCCCCUCGAGUCCCUGGCCAGCAGCGCCGUCCGCACCGCCCACAAGGUCCACGCCUCCCUCAUCGUCGUGCUCACGCGCGGCGGCUCCACCGCGCGGCUCGUGGCCAAGUACAGGCCCCUGGUUCCCGUCCUCACCGUGGCCGUGCCGGUCCUCACCACCGACAGCCUCACCUGGACCUGCAGCAACGAGGCGCCCGCGCGGCAGUGCCUCAUCACGCGCGGCCUGCUGCCGCUGCUGGCGGAGGGCAGCGCGCGCGCGACCGACACGGACACGACGGACGAGAUACUGGCGGCCGCGAUCGAGCACGCGAAGCGCCUGCGGUACUGCGCCAAGGGGGACUGCAUCGUCGCGCUGCACCGCAUCGGCAACGCGUCGGUGAUCAAGAUCGUCGACAUCAAGUAG